CUGUGGGUCGGUGUUUGCAKUAGUUGAAAGCAGCAGCAGAAGAAGGAGCAGCUUCAGCUUCAGGACAUCAGAUYCCAUUCAUGAUGUCGGCCCCCCACAGACCAUCCCUCUGUCCUGCUGUCCUGUUAGUGCUGUUGAAUCUGGCCCAUGCCCAGUUACAGUACCUCGGCUACCCGCUGGCUUACACUGACCCAGAACCAGAACAGUACAGACCCCCAGUGCUGGAUGCGGACACGCCCAGGAUUCAACUGAGACUGGCGGGAGAGAAGAGGAAGCAUAAUGAGGGCCGUGUGGAGGUUUACUACAACGGUACAUGGGGCACUGUCUGCGAUGACGACUUCAACAUCCACUCUGCUCAGGUGGUCUGUAGGGAAUUGGGCUACCUGGAAGCCRUCUCAUGGGUCCCAUCUUCCAAAUAUGGGAAAGGAGAAGGACCCAUCUGGUUCGACAAUCUUCUCUGUACGGGAAAAGAACAAACUUUGGCUCAGUGUCAGUCCAAUGGGAUUGGUGUUUCGGACUGCAAACACACUGAAGACGUAGGAGUCGUGUGCAGCGACAAGAGGAUUCCAGGAUUUAAAUUUGUCAGCUUGCUGCCCAACCAUGUGGAGAACCUAGAUAUUCGAGUGGAGGAUGUGCGCAUACGACCCAUCCUGUCGUCGAACCGUAAACGAAUCCCCAUCACGGAGGGCUAUGUGGAGGUGAAAGAUGAUGGCAGAUGGAAGCAGAUUUGUAACUCGGAGUGGACUGAGCUCAACAGCAGGGUCAUCUGUGGCAUGUUCGGAUUCCCAGGGGAGAGGAACUACAACACCAGAGUCUACAAGAUGUUUGCUCGCAGGAGGAAGCCAACAUACUGGGACUUUUCUGUCAACUGCACUGGUACUGAAGCCCAUCUGUCCAGCUGCAAACUGGGUCAGACCACAUUACUGAAGUCCAACAACACGUGUUCUGAUGGGAUGCCAGUGGUUGUGAGCUGUGUGCCUGGACGAGCCUUCUCCCCGACACCCAUGGCGGGCUACAGGAAGGCCUUCAGACAGGAGCAGUCGCUGGUUCGCCUUCGUGGUGGAGCCAUCGUCGGCGAGGGCCGUGUGGAGGUCCUGAAAAACGGAGAGUGGGGUACCAUUUGUGAUGACAGCUGGAACCUGCUUUCUGCCACUGUGGUGUGCCGGGAGCUGGGCUUUGGUACGGCUAAGGAGGCGUUAUCUGGAGGUCAACUAGGACAAGGUAUGGGACCUGUUCACAUGAAUGAAGUAAAGUGCUCAGGCUUUGAGAAGUCCAUAACUGAGUGUUCCUUCAACAAGGAGGUUGUGGACUGCAGCCAUGAGGAGGAUGCCGCCGUCAGAUGUAACGUCCCCGCCAUGGGCUUCAAGGACCGGCUGCGUCUGAGCGGAGGUCGCAGUCCGUACGAAGGCCGAGUGGAGGUUCUGGUGGAGCGCAAUGGGUCUUUGGUGUGGGGGACGGUGUGCAGUGAGGGCUGGGGGACCAUGGAGGCCAUGGUGGUCUGCAGACAACUGGGCCUGGGCUUCGCCAGUAACGCCUUCCAGGAGACGUGGUACUGGCCCGGUGAGGUCCAUGCAGACAGUGUGGUGAUGAGCGGYGUUCGUUGCUCUGGAACUGAGAUGUCUCUGUCCCACUGCCUGCACCACGGAGCCCACCUCAGCUGCUCCAGAGGAGGGGGACGCUAUGCUGCUGGGGUCUCCUGCUCUGAGACGGCCCCUGACCUGGUGUUGAACCCCCAGGUGGUGGAGCAGACCACCUACAUGGAGGACCGGCCCAUGUUCAUGCUCCAGUGUGCGUUUGAGGAGAACUGUCUGUCCUCCACCUCCGACCAGGUGCCAGCCAACACCUUCCGCCGCCUGCUGCGCUUCUCCUCCCAGAUUCACAACAACGGCCACUCCGACUUCAGACCCAAAGCUGAGAGGCACCAGUGGGUGUGGCACGACUGUCACAGGGAUUGAAAAGAAGUAUGAAUGUGCUAACUUUGGUGAGCAGGGGAUCACGGUGGGCUGCUGGGACACCUACAGACACGACAUCGACUGUCAGUGGGUGGACAUCACCGACGUUAAACCCGGGGAUUAUAUAUUCCAGAUUAUAAUCAAUCCAAACUACGAGGUGCCCGAGUCAGAUUACACCAACAACAUCACUAAAUGCAGAUGUCGCUACGACGGCCAUCGUGUGUGGAUGUACAGCUGCCAUAAUGGCGGCUCGCUGAGCGCUGAGACCGAGCAGACCUUCCCAGGCCUCCUCAACAACCAGGUGACCCACAGGUAAAGAUGGACUCCAGGACAGGGGUUGGUCUUCUUCAAGGGAARCACCAGCAGAAGUUUACCAACCAGCUGCCCCCCACMCCCACCCCUUCAGACCAAACUUUAGAUUUCAGGAGACUCAGGAAGUUGACCACCGUGAAGCUCUGAGCAGCUCUGUGACCCUGCAGCUUUAUGGCAGGUGUGAUGCAGCUGGACCGUGGGGGCGGAGCCUAAAGACCCAUUCUGGAGUUAAAGACCUAGCAUUCCUCGAGACACCUCUAAUUCCAGUUGUAGACUAAGAUGAUCAUGUGUUGAGAACUGACAGAGCUGUAGCUGCUGGACUCAGAUCCCUAAAGUAAUUUUUGUGACACCCCCACCACACACACACACACACACACACACACACACACACACACACACACACACACACACACAC